GUUUACAUUCACUUCCGGGUUGUGGGUGGAUGACGAAUUUUGCUGUGAUGCUUACCAAAAUUUUAUCGCCUAUAAAUGUUGCUUGAAACGAUUGCAAAAUUGUAGUCAGUGCUUAGUCUUUCAACACUGACCAAGGGUCUCUUUUUUAGCAUGUCGGGCACAGCUGCCAACAAGAGGAAAGCUGAUGCCAAGGUGAUCAUUUUAGGAGACUAUGCUGUUGGUAAAACCUGCCUCAUUAGUAGAUAUAUUGAUGGCAAGUUCGGACCACAUGAAUCAACAAUUGGUGCAGCUUUUUUUCUGAAGCAAUGGGGACCAUAUAAUGUAGCAGUCUGGGACACAGCGGGAGAUGAGCGGUACACAGGACUGUCGUCAUUUUACUGCAGGAAUGCUGGUGCUGCUAUACUUGCCUUUGAUCUCACCACCACUUCAAGUUACGAGUCCCUAUGGGCAAGAUUUUUACCACUACUAGAACAUGCAAAGGAAGAUUGCCUGAAGGUUGUAGUUGGGACCAAACGGGAUUUAGUCGAUAGUGACUCUAGAGAGAUAACAGUAGAUGAGGCUGUGGAGUUCUCAAAGGAAAUCAAUAAGGACAUUGACUUGACUAAACUGAAAGGAGAGCCGUAUUUUGAAACGUCAGCAAAAACUGGUUACAAUGUUUCUAGUGUGUUCGAAUAUAUGUUUUCUUAUUGUUUGCCAUUAGAUAAAGCUUCACAAGUGACGGAAAAAGAGCGAUCGUCUAUACAGCUGACAGAUAGUUCUGCGAAAAAAUCUGCAUGUUGUUAAUGAUUAUGAUGCAAUAUAAUGAUGAAAUGGUGACUUAAUGUAACAAAUUUUAGUUUGUUCAUUUGAAUGUGUAGAACUAUUGCACGCA